ACAUAGAAAAGCGUUUGUUAUCUGUUUGUUAUUUUAACGCAUAUAACUAGAGCAAAAUAAUUUUUUGUCCAAACAUUCAAACAUGGGACUUAUAUUUAAUUGCUAUUUGGACAAGUUUCAUUCUGAAGCUUUGGUGCUUUAGUCAGAAAGUGGGAAAAGAUCAGAUUUUUAUUAAGUAUUUGUGUGAUUUGGUCAAAACUUAUCUCUUGUUUUAUCUUAGAAUGCGGUAGUUGAAAAUUUAGUUUUUGUUUUCUAGUGUGGUUAACAUCAUGGGGAAUAAACUUCUUGGUGUGUAGUGGAUUUUCGUGUCAAACUGAUAUUUAGAUGAACUUAGAUGACAUUUUCUAGUAGACUUGAGAAAUAAUUCAGGAUAAAAAAUGGCUACCACCGCUGCUACAAAGAUCCACAAGGAGGCUCAGAUGCAAAAGUUGAAGGAGGAGCGAGAGGCGAAGAGGCAGCAUCUGGAUGACCGCCACAUCUACAUCCUGCAGACGGUUGCUGACAGCCUCGGUCUUGAACUCUCUGAGGUUGAAGAUGCCGUCCUUGAAGGAUCUCAGAUUGAGACGAUGGACCUGUUCCUGGAUCCUAAAGGCAAAGCGGGGAUCAGCCAGCUGAUGUUUUACUACCAGGAGCCCGAGGACAAGGAACAUCAUGCCGUCGGAUUCAAGCUUCAUCAGCCAGAAGAUAGAAAGAAGAGUAACCCAUUGGAGCAAAUGAAGGUUGGUCCGCCACAGACGAAGCCCGCCCGCCAGCUGAAGCCCAAGGUGUUUGUGGCCAAUGGGUCUGACAUUCCUCUGAAGGGCACCUGUCUGCUUUUCUUGAAGACGGGUGACCCGAACGCAGCCAUCAACGAACAGACGAUGGUCAAGGAGAUCAACUUCACCAUCCUGGACACGAACGGCCAUGGGAAGAAUGGAGCGGGACUGUUGUCCGCUGUCGAGCACCUGCUUUCAUCCAUCUUUAUCCCUGCCCUCAAGAGUCUCGACAAGGGUUGGGGUGCGCUAGAGUCAAAGGGAGCUGUUCAGACCAGGAUUGAUUUCCUAAACACUCUUGAUUCCUUUGUGUCUGUGCUUGUGGGAGCACAAGAGAGCCUGAAUGAGAAGGUUCAGUUGAAGCCCUGUGAGACAUACGACCUCUCACGCAUCCAGUCCCCUGCUGACUACCAGGCAGUCGCCAACAGCACGGAUGCCCUUGAGGGUAUUGAGGCCUGCAUGGAGGUCUGGAUCAAGCAGAUUGAGCAGGUGUUGGCUGAAAGUGAGCAGAUGCGGAAAGAAGCUGAUGACAUUGGUCCCCGUGCAGAGCUCGACCACUGGAAAAAACGCAUGUCCAAGUUCAACUACCUGCUUGACCAGAUAAAGGGGUCUGAUGUAAAGGCUGUGCUGGGCGUCCUCCACGCUGCCAAGUCAAAACUCAUCAAGACAUGGCAGGAGCUUGAUCGUCGCAUCACGGACACCGCCAAUGAGGCUAAAGACAAUGUCAAGUUCCUCUACACCCUGGAGAAGUUCUGUGACCCACUGUACAACAGCGACCCUGUUGGCAUGCUUGAGGGGAUUCCUGGGCUAAUCAACACGAUCCGCAUGAUCCACAGCAUCUCACGUUACUACAACACCUCGGAGAGGAUGACCUCAUUGUUUGUCAAGAUCACAAACCAGAUGAUCACAGCGUGCAAGUCGUACAUCACGAAUGAUGGUUGUGAGACUGUCUGGACCCAGCCCCCAGGGGAGGUUAUCAAGAAACUCAACGACUGUAUUCGUCUCAACGAGGAAUACCAACGCUGCUUCCAUAAGACAAAGGAAAAGCUUGAGAAGAUGCCAAACGAACGUCCGUUUGAGUUUUCGGAGAUGUACAUCUUCGGGAAGUUCGAUACCUUCACCAAGCGGCUCAGGAACAUCAUUGCGAUCUUUGAUGUGUUCUCCGUGUAUUCGACACUGUCAGAGUCCAAGAUUGAAGGAAUUGAGCUGAUGGCAAACCGGUUCAGCGUAACGCAGACCCAGAUCCGGAAGAAACCAUAUGACUUUCUUGACCAGAGGAAACAGGAAUUUGCCCAAGACUUCGAGGAUUUUCAAAGAUCCGUCAAGGAACUUCAUAAACAAAUCUGUGACUUCAUGAACGCAAAGUUUGACAAGAACAUGACCACACAGCGAGCAAUCAGCCUCCUGGUCAAGUUUGAGCGCCUGAACCUGCCAGGGCUACCAAUACAAGAGAAGUACACACGCAUCCUUGCCCACUAUGGGCGGGACAUUGAGAUGGUGUCACGUAUCUACCAGAAGAACAAGAACGAGCCGCCCGUGGCUCGUGAUCUGCCACCAAUUGCUGGUAAGAUAUCUUGGUCUCGUCAGCUGUUCCGGCGUAUCCAGGAGCCGAUGGAGGUGUUCCAGCAGCAGCCCAAGCUUCUGGAGAAUGCUGCAGAGUCAAAGAAGAUCAUCAAGAGCUACAACAAGCUUGCCAAGGUUCUCCUAGAGUUUGAACUACUCUACUACCGUGGAUGGCUCCGUCAGGUGGAGACUGCAAAGUCGGGGCUGCAGGCAUCCAUGCUCGUGAAGCACCCAGAUACGGGCGAACUCUAUGUGAACUUUGACCCCCAAAUCCUGAUCAUGAUAAGGGAGACAGAGUGUAUGGCCCGUCUCGGGCUCGACAUUCCGCCCAUCGCAAAGAUGAUGAGGACCAAGCAGGUGGAAUACAAGGAGAACUACAACGCUCUGCUGAUGAUGCUCCAGGAGAACAAGCGUGUUCGUAACAAGAUCCCGACCGCAUUUGAAGAAUUGAUGGGCCCCCAUAUCAGUAGGGCAGAUGAUGCCAUCGAACCAGGCAUCAAUAAGCUUUCCUGGACAUCACUUAACAUUCAGGAGUAUUUGCAGACUGUGUACAAGCGUCUUGAGGAGCUGGAGCUGUUGAUGGUGCGUGCCAACGAGCUGACAGAGUUCCGUAUUGAUGCUGUUCUCAAGGAGAUGGCUGCCACAACGCUGUGCCAGCUUCCCCAGGAGGAACCCUGGACUGUGGAAGAGUUCCUGGAUAAUACACAGAACCUGUGUAACAAGGGAGCAAACAUCCUGCAGACAAAGAGUCUGGUUGUGGAGGAGGCUGCAACUGAGCUGAUUGAGAUGUUGCUUGACCUUGAAGAGCCGGAGGAGGAUGAGGUGGUGGAGGAAAAGAAAGAGGAAGAGGAUCAUCGUGAGGGCAGCCCAACAGGGUCUGGAGGCAGGGCCAGCAGCCGUCGGUCGCGCCCCGUCUCCUCAAAGGCAAACCUUGCAGCUAAACGUAAGAGGGAACAGCGUGAGAACAUCGAGCAAGCUGCUGCGGACCUCCUGAACCAUUUCAACCACCGUAACCUUGAGGCUCUGAUCAAGGUCACCAAAAACACCCUGGAAUCAAUGAGGAAGAGGAUCACCUCAAGCUCAAUGGUCCACUACAUUGGCGAGUCCGGUGGUUUUGGUGGAGAGGCGAAGAAGGACAACCGACCAUUCUUUAAGACGUUUGCCACUCUGGCUAUUCCGAACAUCGUGAUGACUCCUGGCCUAGACGAGGUCCAACAGACCGUCAAUAAGGCUGCCCAGAUGGUUGUAAGUGUUGCUAAGGGAAUCUCCCAGUGGAAGAAGGACCGUAAACGCGCCAUGCACGAGCGUCCUCACUCAGGAGAGCGUGACGGCCACCAUGACAGACGCCAGAGCAUUGGCAGCGUUGCUGCUUCUGAGGGAUCACAUGGUGAUAGGAAGAUGGAAAGGGAGCCAACCAACUACACGACCUUUACGACAACGAUGAAGAAUUAUUACAAAAAUGUGUCGGAGAACAAAGAGGUGGCUAAGCUCGUUUCCCUGCUGUCGACGUCCAUCAACUCCACAAAGAAGGAGGUGACAAAUGCCCUUGAGAAGUUUGGAGACUAUCACAUCAUCUGGCAAGAAGAUCGGGAAGAGUCCCUCGAAAAGUUUAUGAAGGACAAUCCAAAACUGUCGGAGUUUGAGUCCAAGAUCAAGUACUAUGAGGAGAUGGAACGGGACAUAAACAGCGAGCCUGUCUGUUAUGAUGUUGGACCAAUUGCCCUUUUCACUGAGAAGCUGAAGUUUGCCCUGAAUGUCGAGACAAAAGCAUGGAGGAUGCAUUAUGGGAAGGCCUGUAACAACAAAUAUCGCAAUGAAAUGGAGGAGAUAUUCACAUUCAUUGAUGAUCUUAACAAGCGUCUUAAUCGACCAGUCAGGGAUCUGGAUGAUAUUCGCUUCGCUAUGGCUGGCUUGAAGGAGAUCCGGGAGAGCGAGAUCAAGAUUGACAUGGGCAUUACUCCCAUCGAGGAGUCAUACACAAUGUUGGCUAAACACGAGUUACCUGUAGUAAAGGAGGAGACAGAGCGCUGUGACACACUGCGAUACUCAUGGGAGAAGCUGAACGUGCAGGCUAAUGAGGUUCAGUCCCACCUGCUAGAGAUACAGCCCAACUUCAAGUCUGGCUUGAUCACCGAUGUGAAGGAGUUCAUCACAGACUGUGAUACCUUCUACAAUGAGUAUAAUGAGGAUGGUCCAAUGGUCCCAGGAGUUGCACCACGUGAGGCAUCUGACCGUCUAGUCAUCUGCCAGAACCAGUUUGACAUCCUUUACAAGAAGUAUAUGACAUACACGGGUGGCGAAGAGCUCUUUGGUCUCCCUGUCACAGAAUAUCCCGAGCUUCUCAAGAUCAAGAAGGAGCUUAACCUGCUCCAGAAGCUUUAUGGCUUGUACAACACGGUUAUUGACACUGUGCAUGGGUAUUACGACAUUCUGUGGACAGAAAUCAACAUCGAGAAGAUCAACAACGAGCUGAUUGAAUUCCAGAACAAAUGCCGCAAGCUCCCACGAGCCCUCAAAGACUGGCAAGCCUUCGAAGACCUGAAGAAGACAAUUGAUGAUUUCAACGAGAUGGUUCCCCUCCUUGAACUGAUGACAAACAAGGCGAUGAAGACUCGUCACUGGAACCGAAUGGCAGAGGUCACUGGACAUGUGUUUGACAUAGAAAAUGAGAAUUUCACGCUAAGGAACAUCCUCCAAGCGCCACUGUUGGAGUUUAAGGAAGAUAUUGAGGACAUCUGUAUCUCAGCCGUGAAAGAAAAGGAUAUUGAGGCCAAGUUGAAGCAGGUGAUUGCAGACUGGAACAACCAGGAGUUUACGUUCGGAAACUUCAAAAACCGUGGAGAGCUUCUUCUUCGUGGAGAUACAACCAGCGAGAUUGUCUCCCUUAUGGAAGAUUCCCUCAUGGUUCUCAGCUCUCUUAUGAGUAACAGGUACAACACACCAUUCAAGAGACAAAUCCAAACAUGGGUACAGAACCUGACAAACUCGUCCGAGAUUAUUGAGAAUUGGAUGGUUGUACAGAACCUCUGGGUUUACCUAGAGGCCGUGUUUGUGGGCGGAGACAUUGCUAAACAGCUCCCUAAGGAAGCUAAAAGGUUCAGCACAAUUGACAAGUCGUGGAUCAAGAUAAUGACACGUGCGCACGAGACCCCGAACGUCGUGCAGUGUUGUGUGGGUGACGAGACUCUCAUGCAGCUGCUACCCCACUUGUUGGAGCAGCUGGAACUUUGCCAGAAGUCUCUCACUGGCUACCUUGAAAAGAAGCGCCUCCUGUUCCCAAGAUUUUUCUUUGUGUCCGACCCCGCCCUUCUUGAGAUCCUAGGUCAAGCAAGUGACCCUCACACAAUCCAGGCCCACUUGCUCUCCGUGUUUGACAACAUCAAAAGUGUCAAGUUCCACGAGAAGUUCUACGACGUCAUCCUGGCCGUUCACUCCUCAGAGGGAGAAACUGUGGAGUUUGAGAAGCAGGUAAAGGCUGAGGGUAAUGUUGAGGUCUGGCUCAUGUCGCUCAUGAUGAUGGCCCAGAAAUCUCUGCAUGGUGUUAUCCGUACGGCUGCCAUGGCGAUACAGGACCAAAGCUUCCAGCUGUUGGAGUUUCUUGGAAUGUUUCCUGCUCAGGUUGGUAUCCUGGGAAUUCAGUUUAUCUGGACGCGCGACGCAACCGAUGCGUUGACCACCACGAAAUAUGACCGUAAGGUCAUGAGUCAGACGAACCAGGGCUUCCUUGAGCUACUGAAUAUACUCAUUGAGCAGACGACACACGACCUGAAUAAGAUAGAGAGGACCAAAUUUGAGACGCUCAUCACCAUCCAUGUGCACCAGCGUGAUAUCUUUGAUGACCUGUGCAAGAUGCACGUUAAAUCUCCCACGGACUUUGAGUGGUUGAAGCAGUCUCGGUUCUACUUCAUCGAGGACCAAGAUCGUUGCCAGAUCUCCAUCACGGACGUAGACUUCAUCUACCAGAACGAGUUCCUCGGAUGUACAGAACGCCUUGUCAUCACUCCACUCACUGACAGAUGUUACAUCACUCUUGCCCAAGCCCUGGGUAUGUCUAUGGGUGGAGCCCCAGCCGGGCCCGCGGGUACCGGCAAGACAGAGACGACCAAGGACAUGGGUCGAUGUCUCGGCAAGUAUGUUGUCGUCUUCAACUGCUCUGAUCAGAUGGACUUCAGAGGUCUCGGAAGAAUCUACAAGGGUCUUGCCCAGUCUGGCUCAUGGGGUUGUUUUGAUGAGUUCAACCGUAUUGAGCUGCCGGUGUUGUCUGUGGCUGCCCAGCAGAUCGCGAUCGUGUUACAGUCGAAGAAGGAACGCAAAAAGAGCUUUGUCUUUACUGAUGGAGACACCGUCACAAUGAACAUGGAGUUUGGAAUUUUCCUGACCAUGAACCCAGGAUAUGCUGGUAGACAGGAACUUCCAGAGAACCUGAAGAUCAAUUUCCGUACAGUUGCAAUGAUGGUACCAGAUCGACAGAUCAUCAUUCGCGUGAAGCUCGCCAGUAUUGGUUUUAUGGAGAACGUGAUUCUGGCCAGGAAGUUCUUCACGCUGUACAAGCUGUGUGAGGAACAGCUCACCAAACAGGUGCACUAUGAUUUUGGACUCCGCAACAUGUUGUCAUGUCUGCGUACCCUCGGCGCGGUAAAACGUGCAAACCCAGAUGACUCUGAGUCAACAGCUGUGAUGCGCGUCCUGCGUGACAUGAACCUCUCAAAACUUGUGGACCAAGACGAGCCCCUUUUCCUCUCGUUGAUCAAUGACUUGUUCCCGGGAAUCACCCUUGACAAGCAGGGUUAUGCAGAACUUGAGGUGGCAAUCAGAAACCAGAUCCUAAAUGCCAAGCUUAUUGACCAUCCAUCUUGGUUCCUGAAGCUUAUCCAGUUGUUUGAGACCCAGCGUGUCCGUCACGGCAUGAUGGUCCUUGGGCCCAGCGGUGCGGGGAAGACAUGCUGCAUCCACACGCUCAUGAAGUCAAUGACAGACUGCGGAGAACCUCACAAGGAGAUGAGGAUGAAUCCGAAGGCCAUCACCGCGCCCCAGAUGUUCGGUCGUCUAGACGUGGCUACCAAUGACUGGACAGACGGUAUCUUCUCAACACUGUGGAGACGAACGCAGAGGGCAAAGAAAGGAGAGCAUAUCUGGCUGGUGCUUGAUGGACCUGUUGAUGCCAUCUGGAUCGAGAACCUCAACUCCGUGCUUGACGAUAACAAGACCCUAACUCUUGCCAACGGAGACCGUAUCCCAAUGGCGCCAAACUGCAAGAUUAUCUUCGAGCCCCACAACAUUGACAAUGCCUCGCCUGCCACUGUGUCCCGUAAUGGCAUGGUGUACAUGAGCAGUUCUGGCCUCGACUGGUCGCCCAUUCUUAGAGGUUGGUUGAAUACACGCCCGACUAAUGAGCAGAGUGUGAUAUUUGACCUGUUUGAGACGUCAUUCCCGUUUAUCUAUCGUCAGGCCAUACAAUGCUACACCUGGAAGAUCGACAUGCUUGAAGCAUUUGUCAUUUCACAGGCUUGCAAGCUUCUGGCGGGUCUGAUUCCAAAGCGUGAAGAAAAAGAUGCGCAACAACUGACGCGGGAGCAUUAUGAAAGACUCUACAUCUUCACCGUGAUGUGGAGCAUUGGUGCAUACUUGGAGCUCGAUGACAGAGCCAAGAUGGAGGAGUACAUGCGGAACUCUGAGGACUUCAAACUCGACCUACCGGCCAUUCCCGAUGGAAGUGAAGCCACUAUGUUUGAGUACCUGGUUGAUGAAAAAGGUAACUGGGCUCACUGGGAUACCCGGGUGACUGACUACGUUUACCCGUCUGACCACACCCCAGAGUACUCUUCAAUCCUUGUACCUAUGGUGGACAACGUGCGUACAGAGUACCUUAUUGACCUGAUUGCCAAGCAGAGCCUUGGAGUUCUGCUGAUCGGUGAGCAGGGUACAGCAAAGACCGUCAUGAUCAACGGGUACAUGGGCAAAUACAAUCCAGAAUACCAUCUGGAGAAGUCUCUCAAUUUCUCCUCCACAACAACUCCGUACAUGUUCCAGCGAACCAUUGAGAGUUACGUUGACAAGCGAGUGGGAACCACAUAUGGUCCUCCCGCCGGCAAGAGAAUGACAGUGUUCAUUGAUGACAUCAACAUGCCCAUCAUCAACGAGUGGGGAGAUCAGAUCGCCAAUGAGAUCGUUCGUCAGCUUAUUGAGUAUUCCGGAUUCUACAACCUGGAGAAGCCCGGGGACUUUACCAAUAUCACUGACAUGCAGUUCCUAGCAGCCAUGAUUCACCCAGGGGGUGGUCGUAAUGACAUUCCCCAGCGUCUGAAGCGGCACUUUGUUGUCUACAACUGCGCCCUUCCCUCAAACACCUCUAUUGACAAGAUCUUCCGCGUGAUCGGCACGGGACAUUUCUGCGAAGAGCGGGGCUUUAAGGAUGUUGUGAAAGACCUCAUUGGGAAGUUGGUACCCAUCACGCGUAGACUUUGGCAACUCACCAAGAUCAAGAUGUUGCCGACACCUGCCAAGUUCCACUACAUCUUCAAUCUGCGCGACUUGUCUCGUAUCUGGCAAGGCAUGCUUAACACGCUCUCGAGCGUCAUCGACUCAGAAAAAGUCACCCUUCAACUGUGGAAAAAUGAGUGUUGCCGCGUUAUAGCUGACAGGUUUAUAAAUCUGGAAGAUUAUGCAUGGUUUGAAAAGACAAUAACAAGAGUAAUUGCCGAAGAUCUUGAUGAAGAAGUUUAUGGGCCAUUCGUGAAGCAGACUUAUUUCUUUGGAGAUUUCAUGAGGGAUGCACCAGAGGCUACGGGGGAAGAGCCUGAUGAUACCGAUUUUGACAUGCCCAAAAUUUAUGAGCCGAUCCCAAGUUUUGAGGGCCUGGAAGAGAGACUACACAUGUUCCUACAGCAGUACAACGAGAGUAUCAGAGGCUCUGGCAUGGACCUCGUGUUUUUCCAGGACGCCAUGACCCACCUCGUGAAAAUAUCACGUAUCAUUCGUACCCCACGUGGUCACGCCCUCCUAGUUGGUGUGGGCGGGUCUGGGAAACAGUCGCUCACCAAGCUUGCAUCAUUCAUUGCAGGAUACAAGACAUUCCAAAUAACACUUACUAGAUCAUACAAUGUGUCAAACCUACUGGAGGACCUGAAAUUCCUGUACCGAACCGCUGGCCAGCAAGGGAAGGGGAUCACAUUCGUCUUCACCGACCAGGAGAUCAAGGAUGAAGGCUUCCUGGAGUAUCUCAACAAUGUCCUGUCUUCUGGUGUGGUUGCGAACCUAUUUGCACGUGAUGAGAUGGAUGAAAUCCUAGGAGAGCUUAUCCCAGUGAUGAAAAAGGAGUUUCCAAGGCGACCACCAUCCAAUGAAAACUUGUACGAGUACUACCUGUCGCGAGUGAGGAACAACCUCCAUGUUGUGCUCUGCUUCUCACCUGUAGGUGAGAAGUUCCGUGCACGUUCGUUGAAGUUCCCGGGGCUGAUCUCCGGAUGUACAAUGGACUGGUUCCAGCGCUGGCCUCGUGACGCGCUCAUCUCUGUUGCAGACCACUUCCUGUCACAGUUCAACAUUGACUGUACGCCGGAGGUCAAGAAACAGGUCAUACAGACGAUGGGCAUUGUACACGAUGGAGUGGCAGAGAGCUGUGCUGAGUACUUUAGGAGAUACCGUCGUUCAACCCAUGUGACACCCAAAUCCUACCUGUCCUUCAUUAACGGCUACAAAACCAUCUACACAGACAAGAGGAAUGAAAUUGGGGACCUAGCUAACCGGAUGAACACAGGUUUGAAGAAACUCAUUGAGGCCUCAGAAGCAGUUGCAGAACUUGAAAAAGAGCUUGCUGUAAAAGAGAAGGAGCUUGCCGUUGCUUCUAAGAAAGCUGAUGAAGUACUGAAAGAGGUGACAGCUAAGGCUCAGGCAGCCUCUAAGGUCAAAGAACAAGUACAGAAGGUAAAAGACAAAGCUCAAGCUAUCGUAGAUGCCAUUGAAAAAGAUAAGCAAAUUGCUGAAGCCAAGCUUGAGAAAGCUAGACCCGCCCUGGAGGCUGCAGAGGCUGCUUUGAACACGAUCAAGCCAGCUGAUAUUGCGACUGUGAGAAAACUUGGAAAGCCACCACACCUGAUCAUGAGGAUUAUGGACGCGGUGCUGCUGCUUUUCCAGCAUCGUGUGGAUACGGUUACCCCUGAUCCAGAGAGGCCAUCUGUGAAACCUUCUUGGUCCGAAUCUCUCAAGUUGAUGGCCGGAACCAACUUCCUAGCCCAGCUCGUGUCUUUCCCGAAGGAUUCGAUCAACGAUGAGACUAUUGAGCUGAUAAAACCAUACCUUGAAAUGGAGGAUUAUAAUUUUGAGAAUGCAAAACGUGUGUGUGGUAAUGUGGCCGGACUCCUUUCCUGGACAGUCGCUAUGUCUGAUUUCUUCUCCAUCAAUAAGGAGGUUUUACCAUUGAAGGCGAACCUUGCAGUGCAGGAGGCUCGUCUAGAGAUUGCUAUGGGCGAUCUAGCAACAGCCCAGGCCCAACUAGAUGAGAAGGAGCGGGAACUAGCUGCUGUACAGGCAGACUAUGAUAAGGCCAUGUCUGAAAAACAGAAACUGAUGGAUGAUGCAGAGACGUGUCGACGGAAGAUGAAUGCAGCGGCGGCUCUCAUCGAAGGUCUUGGUGGGGAAAAGAUCCGGUGGACCGAACAGAGUCAUGAGUUCAAGGCCCAGAUUGGAAGACUGGUAGGUGACGUUCUUGUGAGCACAGCGUUCCUGUCAUACUGCGGACCAUUCAACCAAGAUUUCCGUUCCAUACUCUUCAAGAACUGGUUUAAAGAACUGAAGAUGAGAAAAAUCCCAUUCACACUCAACCUCAACAUCAUUGACAUGCUCGUAGACCCCAAUACAGUUGCUGAGUGGAACUUGCAAGGCCUGCCCAAUGAUGAGCUCUCCACCCAGAAUGGUAUCAUUGUCACGAAAGCUGCCCGCUACCCUCUCCUCAUUGACCCCCAGGGACAGGGAAAGAACUGGAUCAAAUCUCGGGAACAAAGCAACGAACUUCAGCUGACUGCUCUGAACCACAAGUACUUCCGUCAACAUCUUGAGGAUGCCAUGUCACUUGGCCGCCCACUCAUGAUUGAAGACAUCAAUGAAGAGCUUGACCCUGCCCUCGACAACAUCCUCGAGAAAAACUUCAUUAAGGUCGGCUCUACACUCAAGGUCAAGGUUGGUGACAAGGAGUGCGACAUUAUGAAAGGAUUCUGCCUGUACGUUACAACGAAGCUGUCAAACCCGGCUUACACUCCAGAGAUUUAUGCGCGCACUGCAAUUAUCGACUUUGCAGUCACUAUGAAGGGUCUUGAAGAUCAGCUGCUUGGACGUGUAAUUAAGACAGAGAAGGCUGAACUUGAAUCCGAGAGAGUGAAACUGAUGGAGGAUGUGACAGCAAACAAGAAAAAAAUGAAGGAGCUUGAAGACAACCUACUUUUCCGCUUGACCAGUACACAGGGAUCCCUCGUUGAUGAUGAAGACUUGAUCAAUGUACUCCGCAUCACAAAACAUACAUCGCAGGAGGUUCAACAAAAGCUGCAGACAGCUGAUGAGACAGCGUCGAAAAUAACAAUUGCACGUGAGGAGUUCCGGCCUGUUGCCACUAGAGGCAGUAUCCUGUAUUUCCUUAUCGUGGAGAUGAGCAUGGUGAACUGCAUGUACCAGACGUCACUGAAACAGUUCCUCGGGUUGUUUGACCUUUCAAUGGCAAGGUCCACAAAAUCCCCAAUCACACAGAAGCGUAUUACAAACAUCAUUGAGUAUAUGACAUUUGAAGUGUUCAAGUACGCAGUACGUGGCCUGUAUGAGAAAGACAAGAUGACCUUCACCUUGCUCCUGGCCUUGAAGAUAGACAUGGCCGGUGGCAAGGUCAAACAUGAGGAAUUCCUCACGAUGAUCAAGGGUGGUGCAUCCCUGGAUCUGAAUGUUGUCCAGCCGAAGCCCCACAGGUGGAUCUUGGACUUGACCUGGCUCAACCUGGUCGAGCUCUCCAACCUCCAUCAGUUCUCUGGAAUACUGGAACAGAUACAACGUAAUGAGAAGCAGUGGAAGCAGUGGUUUGACAAGGAGGCUCCUGAGGAGGAGGUGAUUCCUGACGGCUACAACAACUCCCUUGACGUCUUCCGACGACUCCUGCUUGUCAGAUCAUGGUGCCCAGACAGAACCCUUCCACAGGCAAGGAAGUACAUUGCUGACACCCUCGGUGAGAAGUAUGCAGAGGGGAUUAUCCUUGACCUUGAAAAGAUGUGGUACGAGAGUACUCCAAGGUCACCUAUGGUGUGCCUCCUCUCCAUGGGAUCGGACCCUACCAACAACAUUGAAGCUCUGGCUAAGAAACACAAGAUAGAAAUCCGAGCAAUCUCUAUGGGUCAGGGUCAGGAUGUGCAUGCGCGUCGUCUGAUCUCAAACUGUCUGCAGAACGGAGGCUGGCUUCUCCUCCAGAACUGUCACUUGAGUCUCGACUAUGUGCUAGAAGUUCUUGAUGUCAUUAUCGAGACAGAGACCAUCCACGAUGAAUUCAGGGUCUGGAUCACCACUGAGGAACAUCUGAAAUUCCCCAUCAGCUUCCUACAGGUUGCCAUCAAAUUCACCAAUGAGCCGCCACUGGGUGUGAAAGCCGGUUUGAAAAGAUCGUAUGCGGGAAUGUCGCAAGAUUUCCUGGAUAUCUCCAACAUGCCACAAUGGAAGCCCAUGUUAUACGGCGUGGCUUUCAUGCACACCGUGGUUCAGGAGCGCAGAAAAUUUGGCCCUCUUGGCUGGAAUAUUCCAUACGAGUUCAACGCUUCUGAUUUCAACGCAAGUGUCCAGUUUGUCCAGAACCAUCUAGAUGACAUGGACUUGAAGAAGGGCGUAGGCUGGACAUGUGUACGUUACAUGUUUGGAGAGAUCCAGUAUGGUGGGCGUGUAACAGAUGACUUUGACAAGCGACUCCUUAACACGUUCUGUAAGGUCUGGUUUGGGGAAACAAUGUUCAACCCGAACUUUGUUUUCUACAAGGGAUAUCCUAUCCCGAAAUGCGUGAAAUACGCUGACUACAUGGAGUACAUCAACGGAUUGAACAAUACAGACACUCCAGAGGUGUUUGGACUUCAUCCUAACGCUGACAUCACUUACUCCAGCAAGACAGCAAAGAUCAUCCUAGACACAGUCCUAAGCAUCCAGCCGAAGGACAGCAGUGGCGGUGCAGGUGAGACUCGUGAAUCCAUGGUAACGAGGAUCUGUGAUGAUAUGCUUGAGAAACUACCCAAUGACUACAUCGACUUUGAGGUCAAACAACGCCUACAGAAAAUGGGCCCUCUUCAGCCAAUGAAUAUUUUCCUGAGGCAGGAAAUUGACCGUAUGCAGCUUGUGAUAGCAGCCGUAAGGUCCACUCUACAUGAUUUGAAACUUGCUAUCGAUGGUACGAUCAUUAUGAGCGAGAACCUCCGAGAUGCUCUGGACAGCAUGUACGAUGCCAGGAUCCCCAAAGUCUGGGGAAAGAUAUCUUGGGACUCAAGCACCCUUGGUUUCUGGUUUACUGAGCUGAUUGACCGUAAUGCCCAGUUCAGCACCUGGUGUUUUGAGGGUCGUCCCAACACUUUCUGGAUGACUGGAUUCUUCAAUGCUCAAGGAUUCCUUACUGCCAUGAGACAGGAAGUAACUCGUGCCCACAAGGGCUGGGCCCUGGAUACAGUCAUCCUUCACAAUGAGGUGACACGGUCCAUGAAGGACGACAUCACUCAACCCCCAUCAGAGGGCGUGUAUGUAUACGGCCUCUACCUAGAAGGUGCAGGCUGGGAUAAACGCGGGUCCAAGCUGAUCGAGUCCAAGCCCAAGGUUCUGUUUGAGAUGAUGCCCGUGAUCCACAUCUUUGCUAUCAAUAGCACCGGCAAUGUCGACAACAGGAUGUACCAGUGCCCAAUCUACACGAAACCGCGUAGGACCGAUCUGACCUUCAUUGCAGUAGUUGUUCUGAAGACGAACCAGAACCCCGAUCAUUGGACGCUGCGGGGCGUUGCAUUGUUGUGUGAUACUAAGUAACUUUUGCACAAAUUAUUGGACUGUGAUGGAUUCUGUGUGUACUACAUUAGAUUUUAUUCUACAUAAGCUUAUUUAAAUCAUUAUUUGGACUCAAUAAAGUACAUCCGGUUUGUGUUGGAAUCCUACUUUUGUGUCGUCAAUUCGUGAUUGAAAAUCUUAUUUGUUUAGUACCUGCAAGACUUUUCUUACAAUGUCAUUUUUUUGUGUGAUUUUGUUUUUUGUAUAACAGUAGAUUUUUGAGCUAUUGUACAAGUAAUUUUGAUUAUAUUAUUAAGUUUAUAUUUAUAAAUUCCGUCCACUUUUCAUUUUGUAAGAUCAUUUUUAUAUGAACUCUGUUUUGUUUGCUUGCAUAUUAUUAUGAAACAAAAUUACAAUUUGUAUAAGAACCAAAACGUUGUUUGUUAUAAUACCUUCAUGUAUAUUUAGGACAUAGGACAUUUAGGUUUACAUGUCAAGUUAUUACAUUUAAUAUUUUUGCACUGUCUGUGAUUUAAAUCAAAGAUUUUAUUGAUCGGUAUUUGAAAGUGAUAUUGUAAUUUCAGUGUUAUCAUAUUUGAUAUUGCCAUCCAUCCACAUGACCUGGGCUGCAGGUCCACAGUGAUCAUUAUUAUAUUACAUUCCACAGUUAUUACUCUUUUAUAUUACAUAAAACUGAGUUAACCGUGUAUUGUCUGUGAUUUUUAUUGUAGCUGUUUAUCUUAUAUUUAUUAGAAAUAAAUACUUUUAUUCCUCAAA